UCCCUAGGUCCUCCGCGCUACUCUCUUGGGUCCCGCCUAUUCUCUUGCUCCCUUGAACCUUAACACUUAUCUUGGUUCUGUUGAAGACCAGGAAGUUGAUAAAUUCUGAGGCCGGCUGCUGAGAGACGGUGGCUCGGUUGGGACAGUCGCCAGGGAUGGCGGAGCGUGAGGAUGGAGCGGGUGUCCGGGCUGCUUUCCUGGACGCUGAGCAGAGUCCUGUGGCUUUCAGGCCUCUCUGAGCCGGGAGCUGCCCGGCAGCCCCGGAUCAUGGAAGAGAAAGCGCUAGAGGUUUAUGAUUUGAUUCGGACCAUCCGGGACCCAGAAAAGCCCAAUACUUUAGAAGAACUGGAAGUGGUAACGGAGAGCUGUGUGGAGGUUCAGGAGAUAAACGAAGAAGACUAUCUGGUUAUCAUCAGGUUCACGCCAACAGUACCUCAUUGCUCUUUGGCAACUCUUAUUGGGCUGUGUUUAAGAGUAAAACUUCAGCGGUGUUUGCCAUUUAAACACAAGUUGGAAAUCUACAUCUCUGAAGGAACCCACUCAACAGAAGAAGACAUCAACAAGCAGAUAAAUGAUAAAGAGCGAGUGGCAGCUGCGAUGGAGAACCCCAACUUACGGGAAAUUGUGGAACAGUGUGUCCUUGAACCUGACUGAGAGUUGCUUUAAGAGCCACUGAACUGUAAUUGUUUGAUAUUUUUGUUUAAACUCUUUGUAAAAUGUAAAAACUCAUGUUUAAUAUAUAGGUGAUUUGUACCUCAAAACAUUUUUAAGGAAUUAUUUCUAAGCAAGUUUUCAUUACAAGGUAGGACCUAAUUUGUUCAGUACAUAACAUUCUCAGGAUUUGUAACACUGAAAUGAUCAGACAGAAAAAUAUUUUCUAUUUACUAUAAUGUGUUACUAUUUUUCUGAUGUCCAUUCUGAUAUAGCUACUUUUCAUGUCAAAUAUCUACCAUGCCCAAAUGUAUUCAAUUUAAAUCAUUAGUCUAAAAUAAAUAAAACAAGUGAUUCUUAUAA